AUGGAUGAUACACUAUCAAUUGGUGACGAUCAUAUUCAUGAUCAACACGAAUAUCCUAAGGAUUAUGAAGAUUUUGGGUUACGGGAUUAUGAUUCUCUACGUAACGUCGAGUUUCAAAUAUCCAACAACAGCAAUCUAAAUAUAGAUGAGGAUCCAUUAGAACACAUUCAAGAUCCCAUAUAUGACAAUUCUGAAUAUCAUUUCGGUGAUUCUAGUAAUCAUAACCCAGAACAAUCUCAUGCCACACAUGAUUAUGUUUCUCCUGGUGGAUCAUCUUUUUGGAUUCCUGCUGUUUCAGACAACAUCAAACCUAAAAUCAAUUCAAUUUUUGAUUCAUAUACAGCAACAUUAUCAAUGUAUUACAAUUAUGCAUCAUUAGCAAACUUUGAUGUUAGGCUUGGACCAUUUAGAACAACCGAAUCCGGCAUUACAAUACAAUGA